AUGGCCCACAGACUCGUCACACACGACGGCAGCCAGCUGGAUGGCGCCCUGGUCGAGCGCCUGCAGUUCAUCGGCCACACGCUGUUCCGCGAGGCCAUCAGCCGGCAGUGGCAGGGGUGGACGCCGGAGCAGCGGGCAUCGGUCAAGGCGGUGCUGCUGUCCUACUGCUGUCCUACCCCACUCAGCUGCCGGCCGACCAUCUUCGAUCGCUCAUCGUCAGCGGCAGGGCCGAGGGCACAACUUCCCGACUGGUUCCUCGCCGAAUAAUUCACCAGUAAGCAACAGGCCCACACCCACACCCACACAGACACACGCGCAUGCCGUUCUCCUUUUCUCAGGUCUGCUGCGGGUGCGGAUAUUCCGUCUGGCGACCCCUCCCUCCUCCCGCCGAUGAAGGAGCUCCUGGGCAGCGAAGGCCUUAAGGCCAUCGACGCGUCGCCACCGACCUGA